AUGUUAACCAAUUCGACACUUCUCCCUUUAAUAUGAAGCUUAUUUGCGAUAGUUUGCGUUAUAAUUGAAGCAGUAAUUACUUCAGAUGUUGAAUGAACCAGUUCAGAACUUGCAGAAUGAUUGCAAUCAGGCCGUAGCAGCGGAUUAGAUUGGAUAUUUAUUAUAAUAUCCCCAGCAGUAAUCUAUCUUUUGUUGGCUUCAGGACUGGUUGUUUACGCAUCGUUUAGCCUUAGGCUCGGGAGCUUGGGGAUAACAUGCGAAAUCCUUGCUAUAUGAAUAGGCGAUGUAAUGAAGCUUCACUAUCAGCAUCCUAGACCAUUUUGGAACUAUUCUGAUGUAGAUGGGAUAGAGUGUGCCAAAGAUUGGGGAGCUCCCUCUGGGCAUGCUUUUCUCUCAGCAGCAGUUAUAUUUUUUUAUUUGGGUGAAUGAAUAAGAAAUAGAAAAGGUGUAAUAUGGAAAUUCUUAUUGUGCAUUUUAAUUGUAUUUAUUAUUGAUCUAGAUAGAGUGUACCUUGGGGUUCAUUUCUAUUUUCAAGUUGUGCUUGGAAAUUGCCUAGGAAUUUUAUUAGCUCUUACUUUUCACAAUUUAAAAGUUCAAGAAUUCAUACUAAAAAUAGGCGAAAAUUGGAAAUUUUUUACUCUCCCCUUUGUGAGCGAACAAAAGAGUUUGGCUCGCUUUCAGAGGGUUUUUUUUAAAGUUUUAAAAAAAUAUCCCAAUUGAGAAAUAAAAAUUAAUUUAAUUUGUAAAAACUUAUGCUGCUUAAAAUUAAACAAAACUAGAGGAUGAUUUUAUUAUACUAGCCAUCACUUAUACAUCAAAAUAUUUUUUUCAUAAAAAUUUUUGGUCUCUCACGGAGGGUCGCUAUAAUCAAAAAAUAGGAAUUUUUUCCAAUGGUUAUGUUCGUCCAAAGAGGGGGAGUUAUUGGCUUCAGAAAUUCUAUAUGCUUUAUUUUUAAUGUGAACAGGUUUUCUGUAUCUAUUCAGCUCAUCAAAUUGGGAAGAAAAAUGGACAUUUAAUUUUCAUGAAUCUUGUAAAGGAACUUUAAAAUAUAAUACCCCUAUGUUUGCUGGAGUUCUUGAGUCAACUAUAAUAUUAAUGCUUGGUGGAUUUUGGAUUGGAAGGUAUUUUCUCAAAAUAGAGCCUUAUAAGAUUACAAAGCAAACAGCUUUGUUAGGAUUUGUCCUUUUAUUAUUAGGAGCUGGAAUAGACCAAGGCAUAGAGCAGGGAAUAAUUAAGUAUGUGAGUGAAACUGUCAGCUUUAUUGUUUUCUGCAUUUUAAGAUUUCUUGCAGGACUUUAUAUCGGAUUUGUGAUACCUCGCGUAGUAUCAAGAUACUAUAUUAGCCACGCAAAAGAGCACUAUAUACAGACUGCGAAAAAUGAACUAGAAGAUAAUAAUAAGUACAAUGAGAAUAUCUCAAAAGUAGAAGAUCCUACAGAUCGUAAAAGUCCGGAUGGUGAAGCAUCUGGAGAUCCUGAAAAUUAA